AUGAAAUCUCGUCUUAUCGAUUUUCUACAACGCGCAGUACAGUUCACCGUGUACGAUUCUGAAGGAGCGACGAACCACAAGCCAUAUUACAACAUUGCACCGGGACUUGCUGUGGAGAUCAGCAUCACGGUGGAUCGCUUGAAAGUACUCUACCCAAAAACGCGCAUCGCACCGGUUCUGUUCCUUUUUUCCAACCAAUCGUUAAAUGAUGACGACGACUUUGUCAUUAGGUCCACAUGGUCGGAUGGACCAUCGGGGAAGCGUCAGUCCUCAUACCUUGUGUUGAACGAACGUACAAGGGCAGGUGUCGUUGGCACCGAUCACCCGCCCGCAUACAUUCACUUCUCCCCGGUAAGUCGCGUCUGCCCAAUCCCGGACGAUGAGAAAUCCUGCCUCCGAUCGGCGAGCAUCGGACCCCGACAGGCCAUAGUGCACAAGGGCAGUGCACAUAAAUAUUCGCGCAGCCUUGUGUAUGCAUAUUACGGAGAUCGUUUCGAUCAGGUUCACGAGACUUCGCACAAAGGCCGCGUGGGUGCCAGAGAACAAUACAUCAACUUGGGCGAUCCAGGUGACGGAGCGUACGCGGCGACAAAUUACUCUUCUUGGUCUAUGGUGCUUAGUUUUGGCAGUCCCCCUACGCAAUCGGCGGACUCUGGCAACCGAACCGCCUGGAUCGCGGCUACGUCAGUCAUUAUGUUGGUGUCGACCUCAACUGCCUUUGGAGUGUGGCGGUACCGACUACGACGAAGAAGACAAAGGGCUGACCACUCGGUAAUUCGGAUUGAACCGGCUGCUCGACGCGCCUUGGAGUUCCCAGACGCUCGAGCCACCGAAUCGGGGCCGGUAGAGCCGUUCUUAUUGCGCAAAAUGCUUUUCCCUUUCCGUAGACGACGUAGCAAUGAUUCUUCCGAUAAACCUUUGCUGGUCGCACCACCUCCGGCUUACAAUUCAAUUUUUGAUGAAGAAUCACAAAGAACCUCGCCAUUAUAAUCUUUUGCUAUCCCUCUUACCGGUGUUAACAUUCACACUUUUGUUAUCCAUCGCCAAAUUUUCCACCUUUCGAACAUUUCUCCACUAACGUACCUUCAUUUUAUUCCAUCUCAAUAUUUUGUAAUAAUUAUACUCCAUUUACUAGCUCUGUCAAUUUUGUCCAACUCAGCGCUCUACCUAU